UGUACCUUACAAUAACAGCUGUGCUUAUGACUUGGCACUUCUCAUCAUCAACAUUCAUUUUCAUAUUAACCUAAUCUCCUCUGCAACUUUCUUUUUUGUUUUGAAGGCAAAGAGCUGUGAGAGAAACAAUGGGCAGGGGCAAGAUUGAGAUAAAGAAAAUUGAAAAUACAACAAACAGGCAGGUAACAUUCUCCAAGAGAAGAUCAGGGCUCUUCAAGAAAGCAAAGGAGAUUUCAAUUUUAUGUGCAGCAGAUGUUGCUGUUAUAGUCUUCAAUAGCACUGGAAGGUUCUUUGAUUUUGCAAGCUCAAGCAUGAAAACAAUUUUGGAGAGAUACAAGAAUGCCUCUGGAGGACGAGCUUGGAACAAUGAAUAUGAGCAAAUGUUGUCUCAACUUAGAAAUCUGAAGAAAGAAAAUGAGGAGCUUCAAAAAGAAAUGAGUUGUGUGACUGGUGAAGAUGUGGAGACAUUGGCACCAAGUCAACUGGGCUAUCUUGAUGAAGCUCUUGUGCUUGCAGCAAAGAAAGUUAGAGAAAGAAAGACAGAGGUCUUAAAAUAUGAACGACGAAAGACAGAAAGCAAGGUGAUCGGAUUGCAGCAGAAGAGCACUAUUCUCAGGGAAUGGCUUGCAAAUGCGGAAAACCAUGAGGAAUUUGGCUUUACUGUUAGUGAUUCGGAGGGGCAAACAACUCCUCCACCUGCAUUUCGUGUGCAGCCAAGUCAGCCGAACCUGCAAGGCAGUGGACAUUAAAACCCUAGCGAUUAGGGUUUCUUCUCCACUACGUGUUACUCCAUAGAUUUGUAAGUUAUUUACCUGCAUGUACGAUGAUGUUGCUCCAUGGACAAGAACAUAUAUUUUUAUACCAUAAAUAGAUUGCCAGAAAAAGCCUGUGAAAAAACCCUAAAAUCAACCAUGCAUAGGUUACUCUUCCAAGACAUUUAACUGUUAGAUGCUGAACUGUAAGAUUUGUAUCUGUAUAUUUCUAUAUCAUAACAAAUAACUUGCUUGCUGGUUACAAACAUGAAAUUUGGCUUAAGAAGAAAAAGAAAGCCAUUAACUUCA